UUUUUUUUUUUUUAAAAUUAAAAUUAAAAUUCUUUUUUUUUUUUUUCAAGAUAUUUAAAAGUUUUUCUUUUUUUUUUUUUUGUUUCUAAUAUAAGUUUUUUUUAUUUUUAUUAAUAAUUUUUUUUGUUUUUAUUAUUUUUUUAUUAUUGUUUUAUUAUUGUUUAAAUUUAUAUAUAAUUAAUUUUAUGUAUAAAUAAUAAAUUUGUAAUAAUAUGAAUGGUAAUAAUAGUAUAAAUGAUGAUAUAAAUAGUAAUAAUACUUUUAGUAACAAUACAAUCAAUAAUAAUACAAUCAAUAAUAAUACAAAUAAUAUUGGUAAUAAUAAUAGUAAUAAUAAAACAUCCACAGAUAUAAAUAUUAGAACUAGUUUUGAUGAUUUAGAUUUUAACAAUAAAGAUCCAUUGUUUUUUUCAAGUGGUAACGAAUAUAUGUACAGAGCAGACCAUGGAGAAGAUGAUAAUGAGGAUGAUGAAGAUAUGGGAAGUGGAUUCAUAGGUGGUAAAAAGAAAAAGAGGGAUGACUUUUUAAUUGAUGGAUUUGAUGAAAAUUCAGAAGAAAUGAUUCCAAGAGAUAAAAAGAAAGAGGGAUUGUUUGGUUAUCACAAGAAUGGAAAUAAGAUUAUGAUUUUUGUGGGUUUGGUUUUAAUAACAUUUUUACUCUGCAGUGUUGCAUUGGUAUAUUAUGCAGGAAAACACCCAAAGUUUAUAAAUACAGAUACCGAUAUUAAACCAACUAUAGUAAUUUCAAUAGAUAGCUUCAGAGCAGAAUAUUUAGAGCGUGGCUUAACACCAAAUCUUCAAAAAUUUAUAGAUGAUAACUCUUUUAGAGCUCAGUAUACAACUGCCCAAUUUCCAUCGAAAACAUUCCCAAAUCAUUAUUCAAUAGCAACAGGUUUAUAUCCAGAAGAUCAUGGUAUUGUUUCAAAUCAUAUGUACGAUCAAAAUACCAAUAAAAUUUUUAAUGCAGGUCAUCCAGAAUCAUUAGAUCCAUCAUGGUGGUGGGGUGAACCAAUCUGGGUAACCGCCAAAAAGUCUCAAAUUAAAACUGCAUGUUAUUUUUGGCCAGGAUGUGGUAUUAAGAUCAAAGGAGUAUACCCAGAAUUAAAUAUAGAUCCAUUUAAUCAAACAGUAUCAUCAGACGAAGUCUUUAAACAACUUUAUCAAUGGAGGGAUAGUGCAGAUUCGAAAAAUACACCUCCAACAUUAACAAUGGCCUAUGUACACGAAGUUGAUGAUGCAGGUCACAGAUAUGGUCCAAAUAGUAAGGAGGUUAACCAAUCCAUUUCAUCAAUGGAUAAAAGCAUCGGUGGUUUAAUUGAUUUAUUGAAAGCAUCAAAUCUCUAUAAUCAAACCAACAUUAUUUUUGUAUCAGAUCAUGGUAUGAUCGAAAUACCAUCAUCUAAAUAUAUUUAUUUGGAUGCUUUAGACCCCUUAAUCUCAACUAAAUUCUUUACACCAGAUGCAAUUAGCAGCAAAGGAUUUUCUAACCCCUCACCAAUCAUUUCGAUUUUCCCAAAUGAUACAAGAUACUCUAUUGAUUAUCUAUAUAAUGAACUAAAUAGAAAUAAAAGCGAAUAUGUCACUUUUUAUAAAAAAGAUGAUAUACCAGAAGAAUUUUUUUUUAACUCAAAAUCCAAUGACAGAAUUCCACCUCUAUUGGGCUUUGCAAAACCAGGUUAUAGCAUAGUUGUUGAUAAAGAACUUUUGACACCAACUCCACCAGAAUUAGGUAAUCAUGGAUAUGACCCAUCAAUUGUAGAAAUGCAUUCAAUAUUUAUUGCUCGUGGUCCAAACAUUAAAUCAAGUGGUGCCGAAGAUAACGAAACCACAACAACACUAAAAUCAUUUAAAAACAUUGAAAUUUAUAAUUUAUUAGCAAAGCUUAUAGGUGUCGAUUCAAAAAACUCUGCACCAAAUAAUGGAACGUCUUUAUUAAUAGAUAAACUGUAUAAAAAAAAAUAA